UUUUGUUUAUUUACAAGAAUUGGUGCCGUAUUCCUAUGUUAAAAGUGUAGGCAAAAACCAUAUACUUUGACUAAGGUAAACUGAAAACAGUGGGGGCAGCAGAAUUUUUAGAAACCAAAUACCAUGGGCAGUUUUCCAGUCUCCAAAACAAGCAACACAGCCUCUGAAUUCCUCUCUCUGUUUUUUUGUCUCUUUCAAAGAUAUAAUCUCCAACAAUACCACUCAAUAUCACCAUAAUACUACCAUUUUUCCUUCAUAUCCACUCCUCAAAAAAGUUUCUUGGUGUUCCAAUUUACGCUCAAACAAAAAAACUACCUAAUUAAAUCUUAUUUUCUCAACUAUCCAAAUAUUUCAUCAAACAAUUCUUCCCUUUUAGCUCCUUUUUUAGAGUUUAGCCUUUUUUUUUUUAUAAUUGCCAAAUUUCUUUCAUAUUUUCUUUGUAUGUUGGUGUUAUUCUAAGAAAAAAUGUACUCAAAUAAUGGAGUUGGAAUGCUUGGGUUAGAAAUCCCCUUACACCAAUCUACACAACCUCAAAAUCCUCAACACCAACAAAUGAUUGCUUUAACCCAACAACAAUAUGAACAACACCACCAAACUCAACUUUCAAUGAAACAACCCACCAACAAUUUAUCAUACAAUAACCAAAACAAUCCAAACCCAUAUCAUAAACCCAAAACCCAAAUAACCCAAUUGACAAAUAGUGAUGAAGAUGAACCAAAUUCUACAAAUGAUCAGGAUCAAAACAUCUCCAUGGAAAGGAAGAGAAAAGGAAGCAAUAACAUUUCUCCAUGGCAAAGGAUGAAAUGGACUGAUAACAUGGUAAGGUUAUUGAUCAUGGCGGUUUAUUAUAUAGGAGAUGAAGCUGGGAAUGAGAUUGGAUCCGAGAAGAAGAAACCGGGUUUGGGUUCGGGUGGGUUGUUACAGAAGAAAGGAAAAUGGAAAUCAGUGUCAAAAGCAAUGAUGGAGAAAGGGUUUUAUGUAUCUCCACAACAAUGUGAAGAUAAAUUCAAUGAUUUGAAUAAAAGAUAUAAAAGGGUUAAUGAUAUUUUAGGUAAAGGAACUUCUUGUAAAGUUGUAGAGAAUCAGAAUUUGCUUGAAUCCAUGGAUUUAAACCCUAAAUUGAAAGAAGAAGUAAGAAAAUUGCUGAAUUCUAAGCAUUUAUUUUUUAGGGAAAUGUGUGCUUAUCAUAAUAGUUGUAGCCAUGGAUCUGCAAAUCCUUCUUCAAUUCCAAAUCAUCAACAAAAUCACCAGAAACAAGAAUCUUGUUCGCAUUCAGCGGCGAUUCCAGCGGCUUCAAUUGAGCCAGAAAAAGUCGAAUUAGGGUUACAUAAUCAUGACGAUGAAGACGAAGAAGACGACGAUGAUGAGCAUGAAGAUGAUGAAUUCGAUGACGAUGAAGAUCAAGACGAAUUAGUAGAAGGUAAUCCAAGAAAACGAGCAAGAAUUUCAUAUGAAUUUCAAGAAUUGAAUGGGGAAAUAAUGGAGAUUUUACAAAGUAGGAGUAAAACUUCAAUGGAGAAGAAACAAUGGAUGAUGAUACAAUUAGUAAAAUUUGAAGAAAAAGGGUUGAAAUUACAAUUUGAAGCGUUAAAAUUGGAAAAAGAAAGAUUGAAAUGGAUUAGAUUUAGUAGUAAAAAAGAAAGAGAAAUGGAGAAGAUGAAGAUUGAAAAUGAAAGAAAAAGACUUGAAAAUGAAAGAAUGAUGCUUUUGCUUAAACAAAAGGAGAUCGAGUUGGUUGAUGAAAACCACCUUCAACACCAACACCAACACCAACACCAACACCAACCCCAACACCAACACCAACACCAACAAUAUCCCCCAACAAACUAAUCAUGAGUUGUCGACUUAUCGGGGCGAAUUCAUGGUACUAAUUUUAAUUAUAGGCGGGUAGAAUACUGCUUUUCUGGUUUUCGGCUUUUAUACUUACAAUUUAGUAUUAAUAGGAUUUUUUGAUUACUAACUUCGACUAUUAGCCUGGACUCUAAACAGAUUCAAAUCUAAAUUUACAAUGAAUAGAGUAGUAGUUUUUCUAUUUCUAAAAUUUUGUUACAUUUUACUUUUUACACUAUUUAGUUACUGAUUAAAUCUGUUAUAUAUAUAUAUA